UUUGUCAGAAUAUCACCUACGGUAUGCGUUCUCGUUACGUACCGAAAUUAGCUCUUUAACAAAAGCAUCGCCGGACCCACUUGUUUACCGGGCCCGCUACACAAUGGACCAGUUAUAGAGGCACAAUAGUACCGUCCGUCGGUGUUCGUCGUAAUCAGUGAGUGUUUCCUUGGGCAGAUGAACACUAUCGUCGAAAGUACCGUUUUUACAGCAGGGGGGUAGCUAUAGUGUGUCCGUUCAGUACCAGCAAACAUGGAUUUUGAAACUCUGGCCGCAGGACUUAAUUGCACACCCCCAGCGAUAGACGACUUCCCAUCUGAUCUGCUGUCGGAAGAUGAACGAAGGAAAGGCGCCAUUUUAGUUCAUAUCUUAGUCUCUCUAUAUCUAUUCGUAGCCUUAGCGGUAGUCUGUGAUAAUUACUUUGUGCCGGCAGUCGAGAAAAUAUGCCACGCUCUGAAUAUGUCAGUGGACGUAGCAGGGGCUACUUUCAUGGCUGCUGCAACUUCAGCCCCAGAACUUUUCGUCAAUGUUAUUGGAACCUUCAUCACAGAAGGUGACAUCGGUGUCGGAACCAUAGUAGGGUCUGCAGUGUUCAACAUACUGGCAGUUGCAGCGUGUUGUGGGAUCAGCGCUGGUAUGUGCGGUGUCAAAGUGAUUCCUUUGGAUUGGUGGCCACUUACCAGAGACUGUCUAGCCUAUGGGAUAACGGUAUCCAUACUGAUUUGUAUAAUCCACGACGAGAGGAUCGAAUGGUACGAAGCUUUGAUAUUGGUCCUGCUCUACAUUAUUUACAUUUUGAUAAUGUACUUCGAUAAAUCUAUUCAGAAAUGGGCUAGAAGAGGUAUUAAACAUUUAAAGGGAUCGAAACAAUCAAAAAUAGUCUCUAUAUCUCAAGAACACUCCGUUGUUAAUAAUAGCUCAGUAAAUGAAUCCUACAACCCAAAAUCCGAGGAGAUCAAUAACGAUAACAAUAUUGUUAAUGAUAUAGACACGAACAACAAACAAAGUCAUUUGAACGGAUCAGUAAAAGGCAACUCAGAACAAUUAGAAAUGAAGAGCGAAAUCAAACUGGAACUGAGCAGCAGAGACACAGAAGAGCAGUUGCCAUUUUGGAAAUGGCCUUCCGAAAACGGCACCUUUAGACAGUUAAUGUGGAUUGUUACAUGGCCCAUUCGCUUGGUUUUCUUUUUGACCAUACCCGAUUGCGAAAAGCCCAAACUGAAAAAAUGGUUUCCAAUAACGUUUUUGAUGUGCAUCAUAUGGAUUGGAUCGUUAUCAUACAUUGUCGCUUGGAUGAUCACCAUUAUUGGUGAUACUCUAAGAAUUCCAGACUCAGUGAUGGGAAUAACGUUCCUGGCUGCAGGAACUAGCGUUCCAGAAGCUGUUUCCAGUGUCAUCGUUACUAGACAAGGUCACGGUUCAAUGGGUAUAAGCAAUUCCAUUGGUUCAAAUACGUUUGAUAUUCUGCUAUGUUUAGGAUUGCCAUGGUUCAUAAAGGCUACCUUCAUGCCUACGUUGCCUGGAAAACACUGGGUUGGUAUCAACUCGGCAGGUAUAGAGUACAGCGCCAUCUCCCUGCUGUCGUCCUUACUAAUACUCUACGGAGCAUUUGCCCUGAACAAGUUCAGACUGGACAAACGAGUUGGACUUAUUUGCCUCCUAAUGUACGGGGUGUUCUUGCUUUUGGCCAGUCUGAUAGAACUGAACGUGUUCUUCAGGGUCAACUUGCCCACGUGUGAUCGGUGAACGGAAAGUAUUUGGGGUAAAAAAAAACGUUGAUGUUAAAGUGAAAGUGUUGAUAGAUAAACUAUAUAGAUUUAUAGACUAAUAUUGAUUUUCACCUACACGAAACCUAUAUAGAUAUAGAUGUAUCUAUAAAGCUCAAAAAGAAUGGAACAAACUUCAGUUAUAAUUGACAGAAAGGGUGUUUCAAAAUACGUGUACCAUCAUCAGGAGAUUCUCUGCGUAAAAAUAAGAUCUAUUUUUUAUAUUAAAAUAGGUCCGAUUUUGCUUUGUUUCGUAGGUAGAUACCAAGGGUUAAGGUCUUUAUUUUUAGAGAAAAAAGUCAGUGGCGCACAUGUUUUUUCUAGAAAAAUAUCUUAGUGAUAAUUUUUUAGCAUUAAAAUAUAUCGCACAGUAACUUUUACCCUCAAAAUUUCAUUCGAAUCGCUAAAAGCACUUGCAGGGAAAGAAUAAUAAAUAAAAAAAAAUAAAGACUUUAACCCUUGGACUUAUGAUGAUAUAAAAAUAAAUCUUAUUUUAAUGCGAGGAAUCUCCAAUAGAGAUGACACAUGUUUUUUGAAACACCCUGUAUAUAGAGUGUUUGAAAAAUGCACCGUCAAAUUUCAGACGGUGGUUCCUCAUCGAAAAAUAUGAAAAAAGUCCCUAUAAGCAUGGUUACGGAAGUGCAUAGUUUUAAACAUUCAGGAAAUAUUUUUUGAACAACCAUCUGAAAUUUGGCCGUUCAUUUCUCGAACACCCUGUAUAUUAAUAAUUUUAAAUAGCAUUGUUCUCAAAAUAUAAGUUCGUUUUUAAAACUCGAGUAUUUUUAUUGAAAUUAAGUAUUUUAGGAUCACGUCAUGUUAAUCAUAAUAAAAUUAAUUUUAAGUU